CGCCCCGUCUCCCCCCAAGAAUUUCCAGUUCCGGCCUUAAAGGGGCGGGAAGCAGGUUGGAACAUGCGGCUGUCGGUCGCCGCCGCUAUCUCCCACGGCCGCGUGUUCCGUCGCCUGGGCCUUGGUCCCGAGUCCCGCAUUCACCUCUUGCGGAACUUGCUUACCGGCCUUGUGCGACACGAACGCAUCGAGGCGUCAUGGGCGCGUGUGGACGAGAUGAGAGGCUACGCCGAGAAGCUCAUCGACUAUGGAAAGCUGGGAGACACCAACGAACGAGCCAUGCGUAUGGCUGACUUCUGGCUCACAGAGAAGGACUUGAUCCCAAAGCUGUUUAAAGUGCUGGCCCCUCGGUACCAAAGUCAGAAUGGGGGCUACACGAGAAUGCUGCAGAUCCCAAAUCGGAGUGAGCAGGAUCGGGCCAAGAUGGCAGUGAUCGAGUAUAAAGGAAACUGCCUCCCACCCCUGCCCCUGCUUCGCAGAGACAGCAACCUUACACUCCUAAACCAGCUGCUGCAGGGACUGCGGCGAGAUCUCAGCCAGGACGGGAAAGCCAGCAUUCACAGCUCCCACCCAGAUAAAACACCAGGAAUUUAACUGUUACUGAAAGGUCUUUGGCCCUCAUCAGUGCCCAUGGUUCACAGCCCUUUGGAGCUCUCUUUAUCUCUGAGAAAAACUGGAAAUGGAGUUAUAAAGUGGACAGUCUUACUGGGGCCCAAAACCUUCUGGGGAGCCAGAUGGCCUUCUUUUUGUACAAUAGUAAAAUCUCUUGUGUGAAUGUC